UCCUUACAUAGCGGAGGUGAAAGUUCAGCAGUGCGCCUUGUAAAAUGGCGGCUGAAUUGACCAGAGAGUGGAGCGAUGAACAGCUAAAAAGUGAUGAUCUACCCAAAAAAGACAUUAUUAAGUUCAUUCAGGACAAUGCUGCCCAUUCGUUUCUUUCAGAACACAAGCUGAUGGGAAAUAUCAAGAAUGUUGCAAAAACGGCAAAGAAGGAGCAACUAAUUAUUGCAUACAACGAUUUGUUUGAGAGCAAGAGAUUUUUAGGUUCAGAACCCAUUGAAGAUGUGACGGAGCAUGUGAAAAAUGUGAAGAUCGACGACAAGCCCAAAGAAGUUGUGGAAGUCGUUGAUGAGGGUCCUCCUAAGUUCUUCAAGUCUGUGCUGAAGAAAGGUGACAAGACUAACUUCCCUAAGAAGGGAGACAAUGUGAGCUGUUGGUACACUGGCUCCCUGGUGGAUGGCACAGUGUUCGACACCAACAUCCCUGCAACUGCCAGAAAGAAGAAACAGAGCAAGCCACUGAGCUUCAAAGUUGGCCUGGGCCGGGUCAUCAAAGGGUGGGAUGAAGGUAUCUUAACAAUGAGCAAAGGCGAGACAGCCAAACUGGAGAUUGAACCAGAAUGGGCCUAUGGGAAGAAAGGACUUCCUGAUUCAAAAAUCCCACCAAACGCAAAGCUGAUCUUCGAGGUCGAGCUGGUGGCCGUCGAUUAAUGGCAGAAACCUACCCAGCAUGCCCUUCUCUCCGUGGACGGGGAAAACAUGGUAGUCACUAGAUGGCUAUGCUCGAAAGGACAGAAGUGGUUGUAACAUUGAAGGAGUCUGUGAUAUGUCUUAAUUUACAUUUAAUGGGAUGCUUUGGGAUUUUGGCAAUAAGGCCAUUUAUCUACUUCCCCAGAGUCAGAUUAACUUUUGGAGACCUUUUUUUGUUUUUGUCAGUGUCCAGUAUGAAGGAAGUUAAAUAUAGCAGUGGCUCGAGAAACUAACUAGUUUUGGCACAAUGACUGGAAUUCUAUGGGCAUCUACUAGAAUGUGUUUAAUACUAGUUAGCAUUGGCUCAUGAAACUACACAUAACUUUCAUUUUUUUAUUUUUUUUAUUUAACUAGGUAGGCUAGUUGAGAACAAGUUCUCAUUUGCAACUGCGACCUGGCCAAGAUAAAGCAAAGCAGUUCGACACAACAGCGUUGGCAUAAACAAACAUUCAAUCAAUAAUACAGUAGAAAAAUCUAUAUACAGCAUGUGCAAAUGAGGUAGGAUAAGAGGUAAGGCAAUAAAUAGGCCAUGGUGGCAAAGUAAUUACAAUAUAGCAAUUAAACACUGGAAUGGUAGGAUGACUGGACACUGAGUCAUAAAAGUGGUAUCCACCAGUUCAUCUGAUUCAUUGCCAGAAUCCCAAAGUAACCCUUAAGGUUAGUCUGGUUAUUUUGUCUUUUUCUGCUUAAGUCAAGUCCUUUUAUCAUUGUUUUGGCAUAUUGUCUGAAGCAGGAACAGACCAGGGUUAUUUGUGGUGAGUUGAGAAGGUGCCAUGCUUCUGUCCUUUCCAGCAUGGCAAGAUGGUGAUGACCGGACAACACUGUACAGAUGGGGCAUCCUGCCUGACAGUUACACACCGCAGAGGAAAGCCUUCCUGUUUAUUCUUGUUAUUUUGCAUGAAUGUCCUUUUUUAAAGAUUAAUAAACCAAUUUUGGAGACUAAAUUGA